CCCAUUAAUAAUUUUGUAUCCUGGACGUGACUUCUUUUCUACAACGGCGACCUUUUCAACAAUUUCAACUUCUUACUGCAAUAUUUAUGGCAAGUUGAUAACAAUACACCACAUCCAUUUCGUCGUAAAUCCACACAGUGGUUGGUGACAACCCAAUUCUUCUGUUGAUCGUCGCGUUCUCUUCCUUUCCUCCGUAUUGACAAACCCGCACCUCAUCUUUGUGAUACAUACACGCCAAUUCCCCAAAAUGGCGACUAGCAUGCGCCACAAGACGGAUCGGCCUUCGGCUGCUUACCUGAAGAAGGGAAUGGAAUUCUAUGGACAGAAGCAAUACGAUCGUGCGGAAAGGGCACUCUUCCGGGCCAUGGAUCUGUGCAAUUGUGGCUUCGCCGUCCAGAAGCAACCCCGCAUUGAUGAUGAGAUCUUGAAGGGUAUCGCUGAGAAGGACCUCAAGGGAACCUUGGCAAAGAAGUCGGCGUCUUGUAAGCGUUGUGAUAAUCCAGUUCAUGUCGAUGCGCUUGAUUCUCUCAUCGCUACGUAUGAGGUGCAAGGCCGACUUGAUGAGGGCGUCCAGUUCGCUGCCAAGAUGAUUAAUCUCUCCCCCAGGGAACCUAAGAGUUACCUGCGUUUGGGUAAGAUUUUGAGGCUAAAGAACCAGCAAACUCUCGCCUACUACACCUACAAGCAAGGUGUUGAGCUCGUUAAACGAAAGCACCCGAAUCAUGCUCUGUUGAACAAAAUCAAAUCUCAGAUCAACACGGUCCUGCUUUCGGUCACCUUUGACCCUAUGACCAUUCUUCCUGUUGAGCUUAUCAACAUGAUCUUUAAGUAUCUGGACUUUCAGACAGUAUGUCGCUGCCUAAGAAUUUCCAAAACCUGGAGAGCUGUCUUGACUGGACCUGCCUUGAGCGACAUAUGGAAGGUCCAGCAAUUCAGGUACACCACACUGACCCCUCCGGGCCCCCGAAAGAUGUUUCCCACCUUCAAGGCGUAUGCUGGUUAUGCUGCUGGCGGCGUUACAGAGUUAUCCAUUGAUGGUUGCGCCCGCUUUCUGGAACAGUGUGAUCUCCCGCGUGUUCUACAAUACUCCAGAAACCUCAAGUUUCUCAAACUUCGAGAAGUUACUCGAGCUUCCUACACGUUGAAAGUAUUGCCAGAGAACGUCAAUCACCUUCGACUGGUGGAAAUCUACCUGGGCGUUGGGAUACGGAUGACACCUACCGCUCUACGACACUUGAUUACACCGUCACAUAAUUCGUUAGAGGAACUUUCUAUCUUCGAGCUUCCGCAACCCGAUGCGUCCUACACCCUAUCGCAAACGUCACCUGGAUUAUGGUACCAAGGCUGGCCAAAGCUAGAACACCUGAAGACAGUCCGACUUUCAACUCUAGAAGGCAUCUUACCAUUCAACCAACCAUUCAAUCAUGUUAACUUGCUCGGCCUCAUGGAAUUGACACCUAAUAUUGAAGAGGCCUGGAUUGACCUUUUCGAAUACAAUCCGUUGACUAUAAGGACCCACUGGUCGAAACUCCGACGCUUCUUUGUUGGAGAUUGCCAGGUUCCGAGUAUCGUGGUAUCGAAUGGGGAGGAACCGUGCUUCGAUGAAGACAUGCGUGAAUUGCAUUUGGAAGGCCGCGCUCUUUCUGCUCACUGCUGUAUGAACAAUGCCCCCGUCGUUAUAACCGUCCCAACGACUACUCUACUGAUCCUACAUACUGGCCCUAUAGCCGUUCCGCAUCUUCCUCGACUUGAGAAACUAUCGUUAUUGUUCCGCACGCCUCUCACCCAGAUUGAAUUCGAGUCCAUGGUUCGGCCUAGUUUGGAGUCUGGCACACUACAGGAGUUAGACCUCCGACCUUUGCCCGUCAACGAUUUCUUCCAGGACCGCUCUGCACCUACAAUCCCAGCCUGGUUUAAGAGCGAGCACAUCACAUACAUGAGCUUAACGGGAUUCACUCAAUAUAAUUUCUACGAUCACACGUUAUUGGAGGCGGUAGUGCUCGCCAUCGUCGACGGUUUCCCCAAUCUGCGUAUCGUUGAUGUCGGACACGAAUUAUUCUUAGACACCUUAUUGGCGAAGCUGAUUCAGAGAGGUGUACGCACGAUAUACUAUCGCGGUGGAGCGACGACGAAGGACGAUCUCAAGGAGUGGGCUGCUAAGAAGCAUGGCGCACGUCUGGUCAAGGGUCUGCCGAAACACAUACCUUCGUUACAUCCUGAUCGACAACCCACGGCGCACCAUACUUAUGUCUGAUCAUAGGGUUAUUAAAUCCAUAUCGUUCGUCCCCGUCGAAUGAACGGGAUACGAUAUUUCGACAGAUGAUAUAGGAGGAUACUUUGCGACCAGGGAAUUGCGAACGGAGUGCCGGGCUCAGCCUUCAUCGUUUCUUUUUUUCAUUUUUCCCAUUCUGAACUUCGAUACACUUGCAUAAGAAAGGCGUCUAGGAAGCAUCGCAUGGAAAGAGUAUUUCAUUAGUGACACAGGCUUGGUUAGCCUUUACUUAUGAUACCCGCUCUUACGGGAGCUUACUGUAUAAUACUCUGCGGCCCGGCUCGUAUAAGCUGGUGAUGCUCGCUCUGCUUUUAUUGCGUUGAUAAUACAGAUCGAUGAUUUAUAAUUGCGCGCAAGUCUUUCAACAGUUCUAGUAAUGGUGGCCGCGACAGUUGUAGCUUCGUAGAAACAUCAAGGCAUUAUCCCAAAGAGCAAUCAAUGUAAAUGAGUUUCCAAGCCGCCAUUCACGCCAAUCGAGACAUUAUCCUAAUUUACAACUUACGGAUUUCAUACAAAGAACAAAACAAGACAAUCACGAACACGAUAAAAUGAUAUAAACAAAAUAAAUUAAUAAACUAGUCAGUCAGCCAGCU